UAUACAGAUCAAUCGAGGUCAGUUUCUCGCCGUUUAAUCAAGCGUCGAUUCCUAUUUACCCCCUUUUCCUUAGCCUUCGGAGAGGCCCUAGGUUUUCGGCACGAAAACGUGGAGAAGCGCAGAGUGCUUCGACCUAUUCUAUAGGUAACCCAACAUACCUACAUGCCGCGAGACUACAUGCUCUUUUUUCCUUUCAUUAAGUACGGCUAUUUCAGAAGGAGCCAAUAUAAUCUUCAAGAAGCGGCGAACUUUGGGGUGAGGUAUAGGGAACAGGUAGCUAGGCUGGUCUGCGUACUCCCUUCCUUACAUUGCAGCCUUACGAGACUUCAUUUAUCUCAUGACCCUCAGGAGCUAAGCGAUUCUGAUCUCGCGGCAGCCUUUCAGCCCAGGAUCCAUCCUUUGGUGACAACAUCUGGAAGUGGAGAGCCAGCACAACGCCUAGGGACGCAACUGGCAGCGAGAUGGCCUAUAACGUCUGUUGAUUCUUUGGAAACAAACGUCAGCCGGUUUCGGAGUGUAGAAAAUGUCUCAGGCAUUGGCUGCUUCCCUUGACCAAAGCCGGUUCCCAUACUCAGCGGUCGACGCGCUGCUGAUCUCCUGGAAGGACUCUGUGCAGGCGCAGAAGAAUCAGUUUAAAACUCAACUGCAGGGGCUCGCUUCAGAGCUUUUAGCCCACAAUUUCCGUGUGACCGAGUAUGAAAUCGAGUCCAAACGACCCCAACAAAGGCUCUCAGAGAGGCUACUAUUGCUCCUGAAGCAUGACAAGCCAGGGACACUCUUAAUCAUCUACUAUGGGGGCCAUGGACUCAACAACAAGGACAAAGACUGUAUUUGGCUGCGUGACGAUCCAGGCCCUUUGACAGAGUCCAUUGCGACAAUUCCGAGUGUCAAUUGGAGCGCACUUCAGUCCUUGUUUCUCAAUGACUGCGACUCUCAUGUGCUUUUCCUCCUUGACUGUUGCUUCGCCGCUUCGUCAGUUCUGUCUACUGAUGCGAAGAGCACCGUGGAGGCAAUUGUUGCCGCUGGAUUUGAAAGCAUGGCUCCCCUUCAAGGAAAAGACAGUUUCACAACGUUUCUCACAGCCGCACUGAGAGAGAGUCGAACUGAGGGACUGCCCGUGUUCGCCGGCCGACUCUGCUCGCGAGUCUCCGCAAGUCUCAACCAAACCAAACGAAUUUCGGAGCGCAAUGGCGGGCGGCGUGUGACACCUUUUCACAUAUCCUUUUCAAAUUUACCUGACCGUAUCGUUAUAGGCGUUCUUCCAGACAGCGGGGACUCGCCCAACGCCAUGGAAUUUGACUCGAGCAAUGCGUUAAUACCGCCAAGUGCAGAGAUGUCGGAUCUUCCAGAGCGUCAUGAAGGGCCUGGACAGGCAAGGCCGGAUCCCAACGCAUCUCAGGCUACCCUAAAACCCUCUGCAAACCCAGCAUUGAACCCCCUAAUAAGAACCAAUGCUCCAUCGACGUCUAUCAUCUCUCGAAAUCUUGCUCGGCUGGCGCAGAGAGUUCCACUACGAAUGAGUCGCCUGUGGAGCAUAAACAGCGAAGAAAUUCCGGGCCCGAUUUUGAAACCCGUCAAGUUGAAGGGGCCAGUGUAUACACGGACUAGAUCGUUUGUGCUACGGAGAGCAGUGAACGAAGAGCUUCCAACCCCAGGGAAGCUAUACGCAGAUACACAACUCAGGUCUGGCGAAGUUAGAGUUUUGGAACUUCUUCCAAGUCAGGACCGGGACUACCCAAUAUAUUGCUCAUUCCAGGUGCAGAGGCUUACCGAUGCGACAUCCGGAUCAUCUAAGCCGGGAUACAAAGCUCUUUCUGGGCGCUGGGACGAUCGUUAUGAACCGAGCAAGCUAUUCUUUUACAGCAUUUCUAAUGAACUACGUCUCCUUACUGCUCCCCUGAGCUUAUGUCAAGCCCUACGUCAAAUCAGGGAUCCCGCCAAACCGGUGUUUCUGUGGGUCGAACUUCUCUGCAUCGACCCGAGAGACGAAGAGGAACAGAACGUGCAAGCUCAAAUGAUACCGGAAAUCUUCCAGGGAGCAGAGGAAGUGGUUAUCUGGCUCGGAGCCGGCGAUGACACCAGUAAAACGGCCAUCGAUUUUAUACCCCGUCUUCUUGACCUAUGUCAAAUUGACACGCUAGUGAAGUACGACAUGGGUGAGACUCCCAGACAGUGGCAGGCCCUAGUUGAUCUUUUGAGGCAACCGUACUUUAGCCGUCGAUGGGCAUUUCUUGAGAUUAUUCUUGCGACGCGGGCGACCCUCUAUUGUGGGGAUCAACACAUAGAGUGGGCUGAAUUUUGUGAUGCGGUGGUGAUGCUGGGCUCCAGGUUUGACGACGUCCAGUCGCUUCUAAAACGAGCUACAGCAGCCAACAAGUUUAACGGUUUGGCUCUCAUGAAGCAAGCAAGGGCAAGCCAAGGCAGUACCAAGCUUGUCGACCUCCGAGCGCUAGCUGCAUAUUCAGUGGUGGAGGUAUCUCGUGAGUUCUUCAGGAGACGGGGUGACGGAUCUACCACGAAAUGCAGUCUAGAAACGCUAGUAUCUCUCUUACCUGCCAUGAAAUCGGGACACCCUGGCGCUGUCAUAUUUGCCCUUGUUCCCGUAGCGAAUGACGGGCAAGCAUGGCUUCAAUCAUGCGCAAAAAUAGACGUAGACGCGCCAGUGGAGGUGUAUCAGCAGUUCGUUUGCCAUUGUGUCAGGAGCUCCAAGUCUAUUGACAUAAUAUGUCGACCAUGGGCUCCACAGAACGACAGACACUCAGAGAGAGAUAACACCAAGCAUCUAAACAAAGAUGUUCCAUCGCCUUUCCUUCGAAGAGCAACGACCACAUAUGGAACCCUGCCCAAGGGCUUACGGUUGCCGUCUUGGAUUCGCCAGGUGCAAGACCUGCCCUUUGGAGAUGGUAGCAAAACUGGGCGUCGAAAUGGAGAUCUCCUUGUGGGGCUCCCCCACAGGCCACUAUACGAUGCCUCGAAAGGAUCCAACGCUGUCCCGGUAUUUGGCCGGCCGUCUCCAACCGGUGACUUGGAAUUAGACGGUUCCGUCACCGUAAGCGGCUUCGUCAUCAACUCUGUUCUGGAAGUUGGGUUCCGUGCUACCGGUGGGAUAAUACAAAAAGAGUGGAUUGACAUGUGUGGCUGGCAAGAGGGCGACUAUUUAGUCCCAGACAGCCUCUGGAGGACACUCGUGGCGGACCGCGGCCCGGGUGGAACUCCAGCACCGUUGUGGUACAACCAGGCAUGCCGAUACUGGCUGGACUCCAGCGACGGAGGAGAUAUUACUAGUGAGAUGAUUCGUGACGGGUCUCACCCGUCGAUGGCAUUGGAGUACAUUCAGAGAGUCAGGUCUGUGAUUUGGAACAGAACGUUGUUUGUGAUUGAAGAUCACGAGGGCAGGCCACUUCUAGGCCUUGGCCCCUCAGAGACAAGGCUCAACGACCAAGUUUGUAUACUGCAUGGCUGCAGUGUCCCAGUUGUUCUACGACGGGGAGAAGACUGCUGGACCCUGGUCGGCGAGUGCUUUGUGUAUAACCUGAUGGACGGGGAAGCAAUGGGCCUCUCUCAGUACGUCGAGAAGACGCAGGAAUUUUUGAUACGAUGAGCCAUGGAGGUCUGCUAGGACGGUCACAGCAGACGAGUACGAAACGUUUGCAAAAUUACUAGAGACUAAUCUAAUUUAUAAAAUAGCUACAUACUCUCGGAUUAAACGGAAUCGCGGC